ACCAUGUGCGACUACACGUUUUGUCCGCCACCCCUGCAAACGCCAUCGAAUGGUCUACUCCUAUUGCCUGUCUCCAUAGCAACGAACGACGCCUUCGGGGCGCGCCUUGUCAUAUUGCGAAUCUCAGUUAAGGAGGCUGUAAAAGUAAAAGAGACUCAGUGUAUGUGACCAAAACAUGACAGCCAGGCUGCUAUCUUCAUUUAACGCAUUUGACGGCUAUUCCCAGAAAAUUUUAAAUAAAUACGCGGGGGGACGACAGUUAGGUGACCUACAGAGUAAAAACCCUGCCUGCCACCCUGAGCUCCUGAGCCCCCCUGUAACGUUCAGCUAUGACUGGGAUUUGGAUCUUCCCAGUUCCAGAAGAACUGAACUGUCCAAAAGAAAAAGCGUUAAGCAGAUUAUACAUGAGGAGCAGAGUCUGAUUCACAACACAAUAAGAUUAGUCACAUCAGCCCCGUCCACCAAGAGUGCCCUCGCUGUGCCAACCGAGCCAGUUGCUCACACAAGUAUCAGGCCAUUUUCCUGCAAUGAUGCUCAGGCUGGAAAGUGCAUACAUUCAAAAGGUUUCCAUAAACAUUCAGAAGAAGGGUACAUGAUAAUUAAAUUCAAAAAGCCCAGAUCACAGGCAUCUAAUAGAGGAGCAUCUUCAGCAAGGAGGGAGAAGUGGUCUAAUGAGGUGGAGAAACUCCCCCUGCUACAUUUGUUAAAGAAAGAGGAGAGCUACGCUCAUACAGGGGGCACCCUUAGCUCUUCAGAUUUUUCCGGCUGUUGCACUUUCUCCACCAAUGGAGAAGUAGACGAUGUCUACAAUAUUCCAGAGUCUACCGGGAAACUGAUUGCACAACAACUCCAGCAUGGCAAUGGGGUCCGAGUGGGAACAAAUGGGAGCUGCAGAGGGACGGAGGAUUUGAGCUCAACUAUGGAUUCCCUCACCCACCACAAUCUUCCAAAAGAGAUGCAGUUCCAGCAGCCACAGGUGGUGUCUUUAAGAAUGGAGGAUGAAUUUGAGAAAGAGACAAAUAAAAUACUUGAUGCGCAAUCGGAAAAAAUCUAUAUCCCCCCACUGAUUGUGAGUGAAACACGUCCCGUGGUGUUCCACAAAGACACUGUUCCACAGUUUUUCCCCUCCCAGUCUACUACCCGAGCCCACAACUAUCGUCUGUCUUUGAAAAUCCCAAGUGACAAAGGGACAAAGGAAAUCAACAGAAAUGACCCCUGGGGUGGAGCAGACACAAGAGCUAGUAAGGCCGAAAUAAAACGAUAUCACAACGAACCACUGAGGUUAAAGGUCAAGCAGAUUAGAAGACCCUCUGGAAAACAGAAGAUCAAUGUGCACAUUUUAUUAGCUGAUGGAACAACCAGCAAAGCUUUGGAGUUUAAACAGCCAAUCGAAAAUCUUCCAGUUAACUACUCUGGCAUCAUAGAAAAGGGUGCCCAGUUCAACAAAGUACCCAUCCCCAGGACUGCUGCGUCAUAUAGCAGAAGCACUUUCAAGACCGAUGUUGGUGCAGUGAAAAAUGGAAUGAACCCUAUAAAAGCAGUGGAAUGUGAUACCUUUCCGACAAGCUUGGUCAAAGUGGCCACUGUGCCCUCUGGUAAAGCCCCGAAUAAUGUGCCAACAUUUUAUAAUAAAAAUCGAGCUGUGAAGCAGGAGGCCAAGAAAGACUUUAUUGCACUUUCCAAGUCGUUGCCUCUCCAGAAACCCAACACUGGUCCUAUUGCUAACAAACCACAAGCAGAUCUGGAGGGGAAGUCUGUAAACUCGUCUUCAGAGAAGCCUGAGAAGUCUGAACGAGAAGAUGCAAUUCCACCUGAAACACAUCUGAUGCAGUCCAGGCCUAACAGCCACGCUGAGCAGAGACCAAUGACCUCCACCUCCGAUAUUAAAGCCACCCAAAGUCUUCCUAAUGAUAAAUUGCCAAUGGAAAGUUCAGCAGCACCUAACGGGUCAGAAGAGAUAUCUUCUGAACCACCUAAAAGUGAGGAGUUUCCUGCUGUCAGAUCUCCAUCCUCCAUGGGGGAGGAUUUUGAACACAGUCCACCACAGUUACCCCAAGAACUACCAAAAUCUCUGGUCAAAGCUCAGCCAUCCAGUAAAAUUAUCAGUCCGAUUAUCAGCAUUCCAACCGCUGAGAACGAGGCCCAAAGUGUCUCGGAGUGGGAGGUUAACUCGGAGUCUGGAGAUAUGCUGAAGGAGGAAGACGGUUUGGACACGUCUACACCAAAAUGCCAACAAUCUCAUACUCUAGAAGAAGAUGGUUUUACAACAGCCCAAGAGGAAAAGGAAACAUAAACUGACAUGGACAGCCCAAUUCAAACCAGAAAUAAGCUUUACAUAUCUAACAGCUCCUUAGAAGAAAAAUAUCACUUGAUCUGGUGUUGCACUGUUGCCUUCCCAAAGUGUUUUAUUGGUCUACUAGCAAUAAAGGUCCCCAUUACAUUCAUUAAUUAGACAGCAGCUUUC